CAGAACAAAAAAAAAUAAACAGAUCCCAACAAAGUGUAAACAAAUUUGGAGAUAUCAUCUGAUUUUUAAAAUUGAAGGAACACCUUGUUAUUGCGCUAUGAUUCUUACCUUCGUCGCGCUUUGGUUUCAAUGUAAAGUGGAACUGGCCUAAAAUUAAACAGGUUAAUGAAUGCAGAUAGUUUCCAACCCAAAUUGUCAAUUAAAUGAUUGUUUUUCCAAUAGGAUUAACCUGCCAAAUAAUGUGAAUAUGGAUUUUAUUAAUUUGAUAAAUGAAUUUCUGAGAAUUGGGUGUAAAAGAAGACUCCAUGCUUCUGUCGCAGCACGAGUGUUUCAAGAUCUUGAACUAGACAAACGUCAUCAUUCUGUAGCAAAAUGUUUUGAAGAAUCUCUAGAGAUUGUUUUUUUACGUGCCCUCACUUUCAACGACGCAUCGUUGAUCUUCCUGCCAUUGCUUGAUACAGAGGAAGUAAACUUCAAAAGAAUCGAGGAAUUGCGGAAUAAGCUAUGUAUUUCAGAGCAGAACAAUCUGUUUCUUGCUAUUUGUGACCCAUCAUCCAAUAUCUUGUAUUAUCAGCUAACUCCAAAUUUAUAAGAUAAUUAGUUAAUACAUUUACCAUCGAGGCGCUGUCUUCCCUACAGAGAGCAAAAGAUACUGAAUCAACGAUUAUAACAGAUAUCACAUACAACCAAAAUUUUUGUGUAAAUAAUUCGUUGUAUUUUUAAAUAAAUAUAUUUUUACACAAUUUUAUUCUACCUAUAAAGUUGCUCUUAA